AUGGGGCAGGUGGGCACCGUGGGGUAUCUAGGGAGGAUUGGGCACCGUGGGGCAGGUGGGGGGGUUGACAGCAGAUGGGUGACACGGUGUGUCGCCAGGCCGGUGUUGAUGGAGAAACCGGACGUGGUGGUGGGCACGCCGGGGAGGGUGCUGGCACACCUCAACGCCCGCAGCCUGAGCCUGCGGAACUCACUGGAGCUGCUGGUGCUGGAUGAGGCCGACCUGCUGCUCUCCUUCGGCUUCGGCGAGGACAUCAAGUCCCUCCUGUGGGUCCUCUUCUCCGUGGUUCCCCUCGCCCGCUGCUCCCGCCUCAAACUCUUCCUCGAGCAGUUUGGCAUCCCCGCCUGCGCCCUCAAUUCCGAGCUUCCCGCCCGCUCCCGGUGUCACGUCAUCACCCAGUUCAACCGGGGCAUCUACGACUACAUCGUGGCCACCGACGAGGAGGCACCGGCCGUGCCCGCGGGACAGCCCCCGCGCAAGAAACGCAAGGGUGCUGCUCAAAGCAAGGGCAAGGACCCCGAGUACGGUGUCGCGCGGGGCAUCGACUUCCAAAACGUGCCCGCCGUCAUCAACUUCGACGUGCCGCCGACGGUCGAGUCCUACAUCCACCGCGUGGGCAGGACGGCUCGUGCCGACAACCCCGGCACAGCGCUCACCUUUGCGCUGCCCGAGGAGCAGGAUGGCCUGGCGCAGAUUGAGGACGCCCUCGCAGGAGGUCAGGGGCACACUGUGUCACCGCGAAGGGGGGGUGACGCAGACGCCAUGCGCUCCGUCACCAAGCAGGCGGUGAAGGAAGCCCGGCUGCGGGAGAUCAAGGAUGAGCUGCUCAACUCGGAGAAACUCAAG